AUGGCGAAAACAGAUCGAAGAAAACAAAGAAAAAAAGAAAAAAAAGGGGGAAAAAAAAAAGCGAAGGAGAAGGUGAUGAAGCUCCCAUGGAGGAACCUCGUCGCGAGGGGGCUUCGAUCGACGAAGCGCUCCUUGAAACCCUAUCCGCCCCCUCGACCCGUGUCCUCCUCUUCCUCCUCUUCUACGUUUGCGACCUCGUCGUCGAUCCCCUUCUAUGGCCGAAACCCUAACCCUAAUCCCCUCGCUCGCUCUCGUCUCGGCUCGUUCCAACCCUCGAGGUCGGCCCCAUGGAUCGGAUCCCAAGGGCAGAAGAGGAGCAUGUUCAUCCAAACACAGUCCACGCCCAACCCACUGUCUCUCAUGUUCUAUCCAGGAAAGCCGGUUAUGGAAGUUGGAAGCGCGGACUUCCCGAAUGCUCGUACCGCGAUGAAUUCGCCCUUAGCCAAGUCGUUAUUUGGCAUUGAUGGAGUCACAAGAGUGUUCUUCGGGUCAGAUUUUGUAACAGUUACCAAGUCGGAUGAAGCUUCCUGGGAUCUUCUAAAGCCGGAAGUUUUUGCGGCGAUAAUGGAUUUCUACUCAUCUGGAAAACCGCUUUUUCUAGAUUCGAAUGCUGCAGCUUCCAUGGACACAGCAAUUCACGAGGACGAUUCUGAGAUAGUUGCCAUGAUCAAAGAAUUACUCGAAACCCGAAUCCGGCCUGCAGUACAAGACGAUGGUGGAGACAUUGAAUACCGUGGAUUUGAUCCGGAAACUGGAAUAGUGAAGCUAAGGAUGCAGGGAGCGUGCAGCGGCUGUCCGAGCUCGUCUGUCACUUUGAAGUCUGGCAUCGAGAACAUGCUCAUGCAUUAUGUGCCCGAGGUCAAAGGAGUAGAACAGGAGCUUGAUAGUGUGGAUGAGGAGGCUUCGUUGUCGAGCCAGAUGGAAUAAGAAGAAUAAAGGGGGGCAAAAAAGAAUAAGAAGAGAAAAUUCGUAAGGCGACGCUCGAAGUAUAUGGCGACUAAAGAUGCUUCAGUUGCCCGAUUUCAUUUCAACCGAGGGUUUUUUGCGUUCUCGGAGCUGUAAUUCAAUCUCAAUAGUAAACUUGUAGAUCGCGCAUUUUGUUUUAACAUAUGGUUGAGCAGCUUCUUGUUUUAUAUAUAUACAUAACUUGUGCUGUGAAAGGAAAUAAAUUACUGUGAUUUCUUUUGUUCU